AAUCUUGUUUUACUUCACAAAAUGCAUGCUUUUUUCGUUCGGAAGCCGAAAGCUCGUUAAAAUUUAAGGACCCAAAGAAGCCCCCAAGCAAAAGAGCGCUAUUUUGAUCUUCCCUAAUUUAGGGUUCCAUGAGCGACCCGCCAAAUUUUCCCUUCGAACCCUAGCGGCAUUGAAUUUGCAUGCCCCCGAUCUUCCACUUGAAUUCCGUUGCCGACUCGAAUUCACAACGGCUGCGUCAGAUUUUCAUUGAUGUCGUCGAAGGUCUCGCCUUCGGCAUCUGCCUCUGCCAGCGGAUCAGAGCUUCCCAUGGACCCACCGAUGGCGAGACUGCAAGAAACAAGCCCAACGUCUAGGGAAAUUUUAUCGGUAAUUGACUCUUUUAAAAAACAGGUUGCUGCUGACCGGUGUAUUUCCAUAAAGAUAAAAAUGGAAGAGAACAGGCAAAAAUUAGCUGGGGUGACAAACUAUCUUUACAAGUUAUCAGUAGAAAGAAGAAAUGGUAUGGUUACCGAAGCUGAUAAAAGUGUUAUUCUAUUGUCUAAGAGACAAAAAGAUGCUCUUGAUAUGCAAAAUGGCAUUGAUGUGAGUUAUGGGGAUAAGGAUAGCAGUAGCUCCCAGGAAGAUGGCCAUGCUGCUUCAGCCAUUCUUUUAGGAUCUAGCAUUGCAGUCAAGAAUGCAGUUCGUCCCAUCAAGCUUACUGAAGUGAAAAGGCUGCCUCCUUAUACAACGUGGAUAUUCUUGGACAGGAAUCAAAGAAUGACUGAAGAUCAAUCUGUAGUGGGCCGAAGAAGAAUUUAUUAUGAUCAAAAUGGUGGUGAGGCUUUAAUUUGCAGCGAUAGUGAGGAGGAAGGUGUUGAUGAGGAAGAAGAGAAGAAAGAGUUUGUGGAGCCUGAAGAUUAUGUUCUUCGAAUGACUAUCAAAGAAAUUGGUAUAUCUGAUGCGGUUGUGGAUUUACUGGCAGAGUGUUUGUCAAGAAAACCUUGUGAAGUUAAGGCAAGAUACGAAAUUCUUACCAAGGAAGAGAGGACUGUGGGGAGCUGUAAGGAUGGGGAUGUUAAAGAUGUGUCACAAACUGUGAAUUCUAUUUUUGACAAAGAUCUUGAUGCAGCUUUGGAUUCUUUUGACAAUCUGUUUUGUCGGCGAUGUCUUGUCUUUGAUUGUCGAUUGCAUGGGUGUUCUCAGGAUCUUGUGUUUCCUGCUGAAAAACAACACCCAUGGAACCGUACGGAUGAGGAAAAUGCAACAUGUGGGCCUCAUUGCUAUAGAGUGGUCCUGAAGUCGGAAAGUGAUGCGAUGCAGAGCUCUCCUUUGCGUGAUGAUCUCCAAGAUAAACCUGUGUCUUCAUCUGAUGGUGCUGGGGCUCAAAUAUCAACCAGGAAAAAAUCCACUCUCUCUGUUAGGAGGUCAAAGUCCUGCCAAAGUGAAAGUGCAUCAUCAAAUGCAAGAAACAUGUCUGAAAGCAGUGACUCAGAGAUUAGAUUGAGGGAGGACUCCAAUUCUAAGCUUCACUCUCCAUCAUCACCCAAGACUAAGGUUGUUGGGAAAGAUGUAAUUAGUAAAAGGAAUAGUAAACGAGUUGCCGAGCGUGUUCUUGUAUGCAUGCGGAAAAAGCAGAAGAAAAUGGUGGUUUCUGAUUCUGAUUCCAUUAUCAAUGAAGGUGUUUGGUCAAGAGAUAUGAAACUUAGAUCUAAUUCACGUAAAGAAAACGAAGAUGCUAGCUCCUCUUCCCAGAAGAAGGCAAAAUCAAGAGCUGGAAGGCCUAGGAAGAAAGAAUCACGAAGUCAGGAUGGCCACAAGUUGGUGCAGCGUGAUGGUCCUGAUGCUCCGGCUAAUGAGAUGAUUAACAACCCACCGGUGACUAGUAGUGAUGACAUGUUAAAGAAAGAAGAAUAUGUAGAUGAAAACAUUUGUAAACAACAACUAAGUGAUGAUAAAUCUUGGAAAACUAUUGAAAAGGCCCUUUUUGAGAAGGGGCUGGAGAUUUUUGGCAGGAAUAGCUGUUUAAUUGCUAGGAACUUAAUGAAUGGUAUGAAGACAUGUUUGGAGGUAUUUCAGUACAUGAAUUACUCUGAUAAUAAGCUAGGGCGAUCAGGAGAUGUAAAUUCUCUAAUUGAAGGUUAUUCCAAGGGUGACUGUAAUGAAACUAUGGGUAAUGAAGUUAGAAGAAGAUCUAGAUUUUUACGUAGGCGAGGUAGAGUUCGCCGCUUGAAAUAUACUUGGAAGUCUGCUGGUUACCAUUCAAUCAGGAAAAGGAUUUCCGAGAGAAAAGAUCAGCCUUGCAGGCAGUAUAAUCCAUGUGGUUGCCAAUCUGCAUGUGGGAAGCAGUGUGCUUGUCUUCUAAAUGGGACCUGCUGUGAAAAGUACUGUGGAUGCCCCAAGACUUGCAAGAAUCGAUUUAGAGGUUGUCAUUGUGCAAAAAGUCAAUGUCGAAGUCGUCAAUGUCCAUGCUUUGCUGCAGACCGAGAAUGUGAUCCAGAUGUUUGUAGGAAUUGCUGGGUCAGUUGUGGUGAUGGCACUCUUGGGGUUCCUAGCCAAAGAGGUGACAAUUAUGAAUGUAGGAAUAUGAAGCUCCUUCUUAAACAACAACAAAGGGUCUUGCUUGGAAGAUCUGAUGUGUCUGGUUGGGGAGCUUUCUUAAAGAAUAGCGUUGGCAAACAUGAAUACCUUGGCGAGUACACAGGGGAACUUAUUUCACAUCGGGAAGCAGAUAAGCGUGGAAAGAUUUAUGAUCGUGAAAACUCCUCCUUUCUGUUCAAUCUGAAUGAUCAGUUUGUUCUCGAUGCCUAUCGCAAGGGUGACAAAUUGAAGUUUGCUAACCAUGCCCCUGAUCCAAAUUGCUAUGCAAAGGUCAUCAUGGUAGCGGGGGAUCACAGAGUGGGCAUAUUUGCAAAGGAGCGUAUUAAUGCGGGAGAGGAGCUUUUUUAUGAUUACCGUUAUGAGCCGGACAGAGCUCCUGCAUGGGCUAGGAAGCCUGAGGCAUCAGGCUCUAAAAAGGAUGAUGCUGCUCCUUCGAGCGGCCGUGCUAAGAAGCUUGCUUAAUUGUGCAUUACAUUACAAAAUCUCACAUUGAAAAUUUUGCCAUUCUUUUUACAGGUAGUGGCUUCAUUCCGAUUGACCCUUAAAAAAAGGAAAAACGUGAGUUCAUUUUGUUUCGGCCUUAAAAAAAGGGGGCAAACAUAUCUUCUUCAUUGGAUCAAUUCAUGUCAUUCUUGUGUACACUAUACUAUUCACUAGAGCAGGAAUACAAGCCCAAUGAAUCAAUGUUAAUUGUAGCCUCAAAACUUUCUUGUAACAGUGUAAACUUAUUAAAUGCAUUCUGAUUUACACCAUUCUGAUAA